AGCUCUUAACCCGCGCGCUCAGGCGCCCCGGGCCACUGGGCUCCGCGGAGCGAAAGAGAGUGGUCAUCGCGGAGCCGCACCGCCAAGUCCCAUCCCGAGACAGUCGCCAGCUCGCCGGCAUGGCCCCCGCAGCGGCUUCGGGUGGCAGCACCCUGCCCAGUGGCUUCUCGGUCUUCACCACCUUCCCCGACUUGCUCUUCAUCUUUGAGUUUGUCUUCGGGGGCCUGGUGUGGAUCCUGGUGGCCUCCUCCCUGGUGCCCAUCCCCCUGAUCCAGGGCUGGGUGAUGUUCGUGUCUGUGUUCUGCUUCAUGGCCACCACUGCCCUGCUCAUCCUGUACAUAAUUAAUGCCCACGGCGGGGAGACAUCCUGGGUCACUCUGGAUGCAGCCUACAACUGUGUGGCUGCCCUGUUUUACCUCAGCGCCUCAGUCCUGGAAGCCCUGGCCACCAUCCUCACGCGUGAUGGUUACACCUAUAAGCAGUACCACGAAAACAUCUCAGCUGUGGUAUUUUCCUACGUAGCCACUUUGCUCUAUGUGGCCCAUGCUGUGUUCUCUUUAAUCAGAUGGAAGUCUUCAUAAAGCAGCCGAAUUGAGCUGAAAGCCCAGAAUGGUGUUAAUUUGUCAGCCUGCCUUCCAGCCUAACUUUCUAAAACACAGACACGAUCUCCAUGAUGGAAAAAAAAAAUCAAACCAAAAGCGAAAAAGAAAAGGCCACACUCUGUUUCUGCAGUAGCAUGUUUACCCUCCCACACCUUCACGUCAGGGCUUUGGGGGCUUGCCGUGUUUAACCUCCAACGCUGAGCUAUCUUUCUAGAGUCACUUCCUGUCUGUGAAAGGGGCCAGUGGGGAUGGGACAUGACCUGUGAUGGAAGCAACAGUCUCCUGCUGACUCCUGGACCCAACCUUGAGAAGCACCUUCCAGACUAUUCCACAGGCCCUCCAUUUGAGGGGAUAUUUCUAAGUCUUCAUGGAUAUUCUGCAUGUCAUAGGAACUGCAACCCACCUGACAUGCUUCCAAAUGUCCAUGGUGGAAGCUAAUAACCCUUUGGAAUACUUUAUAAAGUGCCUUUGUGUUCCAUA